AUGGCCAUCCACCCGACAUUGCGCCCUCAAUCGAAUGCCCAGGGAACUUUGUCCCCGCAGCAAACCCGGGCAAUAUCAGCUUGGUCUGAACAGGCAGCUGCGCAUCUGGAAAGCCUGACCAUCUCGGAUUCCGUUCCCGCGGCCGACCAGCAUUGUGCUGGUCCCGAGUCCCCUUCCACCCGCGGCGCCUUGCGAGGGACCACGGUUACACUUUCAAUCCCACUGGAUGACCCAGUCCCCAGCACGGGGAAUACAUCUGCUCCGAGGGUCAAACUCUUAGGUCAGACUUCCACCCAGGCACCGCAGGUCCCUUCGGUCAGUUUCCGGCGUCGAGAACCACUCCGUCGUGAUAGUCUGAAGAGGCGCGAGGCGUUGUUGAAGGGCAAGGAUGGAAGUCGUCGCAGGCAACGCUGGGAGAAUGAUCGCCUCCUGAACAAUCCUUGGGCCGAACCACCAUCUUCCAGGGACUGGGCAGUGGAGCCAACGUACACUCGACACGACCCGAUGCCGUACUACCUCGCUCCUCUCUGGGACGUCCAUUACAAGCACAUAGAUCACACCUCAUCGAAGCAGACCGCAAAGGGCACAAAGGGUGAGAAGCAUCGUGUUCCGAAGGAUCUCCGCCUCAAGCUGAAGCAUGCGCGUGCUGCACGGGGUAUGCUUCAGGAUAUUGAGGAGGAUAUCCGACAGUUCAUCCAGAGAUGGGGCGAGAAGCAACUCUUGCUUCAGAGGGAUGGCCUGGCAGACGCGCCAGUAUCGUCUGACGAGGACUCCGAGGACGAGGUUGUAUUUGUGGGAAGAAAUGGACAAAUGCACGACUCCCCGGAACGCAAGCAAAAGCUGCAGCAAAUGCGGGAGGCUAUGCAUGCCAAUAGAGAACGGGAUGGGGAGAAGUUAGUCUUUGAGAGCCUAGUAGAUGAUCGGGCCUCUGGAUUUGGUCGCUGGCUCGUCCACUCCAUUGCUUCAUACUACGGCUUACAUACGUGGUCCGUCACUGUGGGGGAACCCGCCCGCCGCGAGGCAUACGUUGGGUUCUAUCCUCCGGCUCCGGGAAGUCGCGCUGGGCUUGUAACCCAGCCUGCUUGCCAUCAGGAGGCGAUGAUCCAACCAGGCGAUGCUCUUCCACAGCCUCUGUGGGCGCAGGUAUGA